CGCGCUCAAUGUGUCCUGCUUUGUGAAUGGUGGUAUUGUUGCCAAUGGUGCUGCUCUAUAGAAGACUACCGCUUGUGUGUAGCGGGUGUAGAAAGAUCCGGAGAAAUUUCAGCUCAGUUUCAACAACAGAGGACAAGUACAAUGGAAUAACCGUAGAUCUCAGUUUGUUGCAGCCCCUCUCCUCAGAAGAAUUCAGGAGUACUUUGUCAGAUUUUCUCCAGAGAUGGAGAAGUGAAGGAAAGUCUGCUGUGUGGCUUAAAGUCCCCAUCCUGAUGAGUCAUGUGAUUCCGGAGGCAGCCAAACAUGGAUUCGAAUUCCACCAUGCGGAGUAUGGUCAGUCCAUGCUGAAGAUUUGGCUGGACGAAAACAAUGAAGACCUCACGCCACAAUUUGCCACCCAUCAAGUGGGUGUAUCAGGGAUGGUGAUUCGUGAAGACACUGGACAGGUACUCGCUGUUCAGGACAAAAACAGCCAGUUUAAUUUAUGGAAAUUUCCUGGAGGUCUUUCAAAUCUGGAAGAAGAUAUCGGUGAUACUGCUGUAAGAGAAGUUUUCGAAGAAACAGGUAUUCAAUCAGAAUUCCAGUCAAUCCUAGGCAUGAGACAACAACACAAACAACCCGGCGCUUUUGGAAGGUCAGACAUUUUUAUAGUGUGUCGCCUUCGACCUUUAACCUUUGACCUCAGGCCGUGCUCACGUGAAAUAAAAGGAUGUCAAUGGAUGAACAUCUUAGACAUGCAAAAGCAGAGUAAUUUCUCCGCCUUCACAAACAGACUGACCAGCAUGGCGAUCUACGGUGUCCAGCACGGAUUUCAGGAAUUGGACAUUACUUUCGAGGAGAUGAAAUCGGUGUACAAGGGACUCCAGUAUAAACUGUACCACCGACCGAUACCCACAGACACUCAGACAAAGUAACACCUGUCGAUACCCACAGACACACAGAUACCCACAGACACACAGACAAAAUAACACCUCACGAUACCCACAGACACACAGAUACCCACAGACACACAGACAAAGUAACACCUCACGAUACCCACAGACACACAGAUACCCACAGACACACAGACAAAGUAACACCUCACGAUACCCACAGACACACAGAUACCCACAGACAUCCUUCAUUUAAUUUAUAAAAGGUUGUGAUAUAGUUGUUGUACAUGUUAUUUUUUAAACUUUUUGAUAUGCAAGAGAAAAUUCUUUUUUAAAGUCCAAGGUUAUACAUGUGUAUUUAAUAAAAUUGUUUAUAUACUA